UAAAUAAAAAUACACGGCGUGAAAGUGUUGUUUACUAUCGAAACAAAGCGUGUUGAGACGGAGCUGCCGGCUGUGUAAUAUUAUUAUCGAUUCGAUUCCCAGUUCCCGAUCUUGUUCCUCCACACUCAAAUUUAGGGUUUUCUCACACCCUCUCUCCAAUCUUUCACUUUCACCCACCAUCAACACUCUCUUAUCCACUGAUUUUUUUUGUUUGCGACGCAUCGCGUUAAGUAGGUAUUAGAAUAAUGGCGGAAGAUCUUGUGCUGGAUACUGCAAUCAGAGAUUGGGUGCUGAUUCCUUUAUCAGUGGUUAUGGUUCUCAUUGGCGUCCUCCGCUAUUUUGUUUCAAAGCUUAUGCGCUCUUCUCAAACUCCUGAUGCCAAAAUUGUCAGAGAAGGGCAAGUGAUGCUUAGAGCUCGGAAUUUACGUGCUGGGGCAAAUUUUAUCCCUUCAAAAGCUUUUCGUGCCCGCAAGAUUUAUUAUUGCAAUGAGGAAAAUGGUCUGUUGUUUGUUCCAAAGGGCCAAGCCCAGAAUCCACAAGCUCAGAUGUUCUCUGAUCCGAACAUGGCCAUGGACAUGAUGAAGAAAAACCUUUCAAUGAUCAUACCUCAGACUCUUACUUUUGCUUGGGUGAACUUUUUCUUUUCUGGGUUUGUAGCAGCCAAGAUUCCCUUUCCAUUGACACAGAGGUUUAGGUCGAUGUUACAGAAUGGAAUAGACCUUAGCACAGUAGAUGUUAGCUAUGUCAGCAGUCGUUCUUGGUACUUCCUCAAUCUCUUUGGCUUAAGAGGAUUGUUUAGUCUCAUCUUGGGGGAGGAAAAUGCUGUAGAUGAUACACAAAGGAUGAUGCAAAUGGGUGGUGGAUUUGGAUUUGAUCCUUCAAAGGGUCUGAGUGUUGAGAAAGACAAUCUUGACAUAACGCAACAUGACUGGGCCUUACCAAAUUUUGAGCAACGGGCUGAAGAUGUGUUGAAGAAAGUCAUCAGCUGAACAAUGUUAUGCGGAAUAAAAAGUUUAAAUGCUUGCCUUAAGCCAAAACACUGAAAUUUUAUUGUUGCGGUUGGAGCUUUGCCAUCCACGGCAAAAGAUAUUGAAGAUCUAACCCGAGACAAUCAGUGUGAUGUUGAGACAAAAAAUUACGUAUUUAUUGUCAGAAAAUACUGUUGCGAUUGAAACCAGAACUGAGGUUAUAUCUUUUGAUAGAUUUUUUAGAACGGACAUAACCAUAAGAAGGAUGGAGACACUUAUGAAAUGUUGAGCCGUGCGAUGUGUUUUAAGUCAUGUCAUAUAUGUAGUUCUAACUUUUCCCGAAAAUGCUAAUUACACGAUAUAUGCAUACUUCUUAUCAACAGAACCUGCAUGCAGAAUUAGAAUUUAUGCUAGCACGAGGUGCACUGAAUAAUUUGUCACUAUUUAUGCA